CUUCAUGAUGAUUGGAUUUGUAGCUGACAAUUAUCACCUUUGAUUUUUUUGUUAUCUUUGAAGAGUCUUAAAAGAGUGACUUUUACUUUGGAUUGAGGAAUGAAAUUACGCCACAAGCUUAUGUGUAGAAAGCAUUAAUUAGAGAAGAUAUCUAAUCAUCACUAAUUGUUACAAGCCUGAGAAUAUGAAACAAAAAGAUAAACGCCUGGAAAUUCCGAGAAAUGAAAUAGAAAUAGUCCAAGUGAGAUAAAAAAAAGUUGAUUAGAUGAAGGUAAUGAGGAACGACUAGGAAAACUAUAAUUGCAGAUGGAUUGAGGGUAAGUGUUAAUUGUAAAACAUUACUGUGAAUCGAUCUAAUUAUCUGAUCGUGAGUAGGUGAAUUAUGAACGCAGAUAAAGGAGAGGGAGGAUAGUGAAUCAUGAUUAGAACAGUCAAUCAAUUGAGAAAAUAUGGUCGAUGAUGUGUGUUUUUUUCCAAUCACCAAUGCUCUAUUGUUCAAUCAUCAAUGUUCAACUUUUAGUAAACCUUCCAUGUAAACAUCUUUUCCUCUUAUGCGAUUGUUUUCAGUUUACAUUUGUUCCAGGGACAUAAGCUCAAUGUGUGUAAUCAUUUGACUGACACUUUCUCCUUUGUAACAAAUCUAAUAGUGUAAAUCUCUAUUGCUAGCUGAGGGAAGAUUAGAAGAUAUAAAAAGUCAGAUGAUAAUUGUUAUUAAACGACAGACAUGAAGCUGCAUUUUGAUGAUAGUGAAAUCUAGGUAACAAUAAUCUUAUUGAAACAAUUUAGUGUGAUUGAAUAUUUGUUUUCUUGUUUUCCUCAUUCUCACUGGACAAGCAAAAUCAUGGAUUUGAAUGAAACUUGGGACUAUUUUCAACAGCAAACUUUACCAACUGAGCCAGCUUCACUAGACCAAAGGAUGGAAGAAACACCGGUACCAACAUUUCCAACUUUAUCUCCAAGUGACCUGGAGACUAUUUUAAAUUCACUUUUUCCCAGUGAAGAAACGAUCAGAAGCCAUAUUGAUAGUGAAGCAGAGUAUACAGUCGAUAACAACAAUAAUGAUCAUGAUAUGGAUUCACUUGAGCCAAUUAAAGACACAUCUCAGGAGUGUUCAAACCAAAUCUCCUCUAAUGGUAUCUCUCAAGAUUGUCAAUGUAACCAUAUGACAAGUAAUUCAAUUCUUGAUAAUUUGGAGCAACUUUUGACAUCAUCAUUCAUUAAAAAACCAGAAUCUUCUGAUAUUUCUAAUAGUUCGCCUCCAAUCGAGACACAAUUACCAUCACAAGAAAGCACACAGUCUUCGAGUGAACCUCAAAAUGGUUUCAAGGAAGUUGAGACAUUGCCUUCGCAUCUUCGUCGACCUUACACCGAUCCUCAAUCCAAUAACUUAACUCCAAUGGAUCCAGGCUUCAAGCCAGUACUUUCUCUGUGUACGGACCCGUCAAAGGUUAAAGAACCAUGGAGACCAAAAGUGGCAAAGAAAAUUUUAGCAGCUUAUUAUACACCAUUGAACCUAAAAUCAGAGUUCCUGGCUACUCAAGCAUCUCUUGACGAGUUCCAGUCACUUGUAUUGAAAGAAGCUGUUUCAGCUUUUCAUGAUGUCGCUCUUGUUAAUACCAUUAUCUAUAAAAUAGGACUAAGUUAUCCCGAUUCCUGUCCAAAAAUACUCGUUGGAACUUGUAGAAAAUUAAGAGCAUACAGACGAUUACAGAUGGAUGAUAGAGUUACCCUUUUAUCAAGUGUAUUUUUCGAUGUGGUCGCCAUGAAAAGUGUUCUCACCUAUGAUCACCUAACCGACAGCUGGAAUUGUUCAGGUAUUCGAGUUGAUAGAAGAGAUGUUUUCCGCUUGGAUUCUUCGUUGCACAAUGGUAUUGUUCAUGUUAUUGAGACUUUUCCAGAUCGAUGGCGAAAGGAUUUAACUGUUGCAGCCCUUCUUUACUUGAUUAUCAUCUUCAAUCCAGAUCUACCUAAUCUUAAAUUUAAAGAAUCCAUAAGACUAGAACAAUACACUUACAUUUACCUUUUACAACGAUAUUUAGAAUCGACCUGUGAAUUUCCGUAUGAUGCCUCAGACUACCAUUAUCGAUUGAUGGUGAAAAUUGAAGAGAUUCAAAAUUUGCGAAAACAUAUGCGAAAUGUUUUUGAGAUGUUCAUCAUAAACUACUCAUUGUCGGGUUGUAUAUCUAAGUUGGUAGAGUGCAAUGGUACUUAAUGUUGUUAAUUACUAUUAAUAAUUCACAGCUUUCUCAUCACUAUUUUCACACGUGGUAAAAACAUCUGUUUAAUGCUAUUAUUGUUUCCAAUUCACUUUUUUUAAAUUUCUUAUUAGAUUGAUUUGACUUAUUAUGGUUCUACCGUGAGUUAUCAUGAGCUUCAAUACCAUCGGGAAUGGAGCAAAAAGUCAAUCAACACAUCAAAUCUUCAUUACAGGCUAUCGUGAAUAAUAACCAGAUAACUUGGGCUUCGUGUAAUUAGUUUUUCAAUCCAUCAUUUAUUCAUUUGGUUUGCCAUUUAAAUCACUCUUUAUGAGGAAUGCGUAUUUCCAGUUAGGAAAAAAACCCAACUUUUAUACUGUUGCAGCCUUACAACAAUUGAAUUAUCUUUCGCUAUUAAAUCAUCAGAUGUGACACGAUUUAAUUUAACUUGUUCAAAAGAAAGUGUUGCUCAAAUAACGGCUGAAUUUUGAUUUUGUUUUAGCGCUAUUUAUCUUAAUAUUGAUUAAUUCCGAUUUUAAACCGCUCUUGAUGUAAGGUGAAAGUUGAUGCUUCAUAAACAUUUAUCAGAAAUAAAUUACUUUAAAAACUUUUUAAAA